AUGGCAGCGGAUUCCGGGUCGGCGUCAGGUCGUUUGAUGCGACUGGGAGUGCCGGCGCUGCAAGGCUCCUUUCGCGAACGCACAGCAGCGCUGCGGAGGUCCGCACCACCAUGGCCAACCUCACCCCGCGUGGAGCUGCGGUCGGUUCAGGCGCCACCAUGGCCAGCCUCGCACCCCAGCGAUGCGGACUGCUCGGCGCGCUGCAGGCAUUCGCAGCCUCUGGGCGUCCGAAAAAGGGAGGGGGAGAAAGGGUGGGGGAGAUGGGUGGGGGAGAAGGGAUGGGUGGAGGGGAAGGGAUGGGUGGUGGCUAUUUCCUUUCCGUAUCCCGUCACCACUCCCCUGCACUCCCAUUCUGCUGCAUUCUUUCCCUCCCGACACGCCUCUGUCCCUCUCCUGGCCGGCGCCUGGCAGGUCAAAAGUCAGGAGGGCACGCAUUGUUGGGAGGAAACUGUGGAUGCCAGAUGGCUCCUCGGGUCUUUCCUUCCCGUGAAUCCCUUCUUGUCUCCCAUGCUCUCCCCUCUCCUGGCCGGCGCCUGGCAGGUCACAAGUCAGGAGGGCGCGCAUUGCUGGGAAAAAGCUAUGAAUGUCAUGCUGACUCCUUGGAUCUUUCCUUCCUGUGAAUCCUCAGAUGGUGAGAGCUCACAGCCGACCUCACAUGGUGAGAGGCAGAUGCUCAUAUUUCGUCUGAAGCCCUUCCUAUUCUUGACCAGCCUCUUCACGCCCAUCUCCUCCCUCUCAGCCACUUUUUCUCACCUGCACUUCGAUACCCAUCUGCAGCCAUUCCUCUCUGCACACACCGUUACCCACCCCCCCGUUCGAAUACAGCAAUCUGUUCUUGCCAUCCGCCUGCUCCCAUGCGUGCUUUAA